AUGCGCCAGUACUGUUUGCUGCUGAUUGUGUUGGCCCUCGCUGCUGCUUUGAGUGAUAAUGCCGUGGCCAGCACCCUGGCUGUCGCGCGUUCAGAGAUCGGUGCCCCGAGCGCGGUUUACUCCGAGCGUCUCCUGCGUUCCGAGCCUCAAGAUGAAGAUACGUUUGAAGACAGAGCCUUUGGGCUCAACUGGCUCCGGUUGAGGUGGCUCAGGCUUGGAGCGGCCAAGGCGAAGACGACGGACGUCAUUUCUGCCAGGGAGAGCAAGUGGAUCGAGGCGUGGGCGAACAAGAACCUGAGUCCGAACUACGUCUACAAGCAGCUGGGACUCGCCAAGCAGGGCGACAAGGCGAUGCAGAGUCAGAACUACCGUAUCUUUGAGGCCUACACUGAGCGCUUGUUCGCCAAGGAUCAGGCACUUUACACCAAGUGGCUGGACGCCAAGAUGACGCCGGAAGAUGUCUACAAAGCGCUCAAGCUCGACAAGUUGCUCGGCGCCAAGGCGGCCAACAGCCCGGACUUCCGUCGCUACGAGGUGUACAUGUUCAAGUGGCACGAGCUGAACUAA